AUGGCACAAAUUAACCCAACCACGCUGGAUAACGUGAAAAUCCUAGGCGAAGUCUCGGACAAGCCUCUUUUGUCCCAGGCCACUCCUAGAGACAUUCUGACGAAAGAUGCCCUGAAGUUCAUUGUCCUGCUUCACAGAAGCUUCAACGAGACCCGCAAACAGCUCCUGGAAAACAGACAAAAGGUCCAGGCAAAGCUGGACGCCGGCGAGUCGCUGCACUUCCUCGAGGAGACGAAAUACAUCAGGGACGACCCUAACUGGAAAUGUCUGCCUACCCAUCCUAAACUGCAGUGCCGUAAGAUUGAGAUCACUGGUCCGCCAGACGCAAAGAUGAUCGUCAAUGCCUUCAACACAGACGUGUUCACGUACAUGACGGAUUUUGAGGACUCGUGUUCUCCAACUUGGAACAACAUGAUUUAUGGCCAGGUCAAUCUGUACGAUGCCAUUAGAGACAGAAUUGACUUUACCAACCAGUCCACUGGAAAACGGUACAAAAUCAACAGAGAGGGCAGAAGAGUGCCUGUGAUGAUUGUCAGACCAAGAGGCUGGCACAUGGUGGACAAGCACAUUUUGGUCGACGGAGAGCCUAUCUCUGCCUCGAUCAUGGACUUUGGUCUGUUCUUCUUCCACAACGCAAAAUUCCUGCUCUCGCAGGGCCUUGCUCCAUUUUUCUAUCUGCCAAAGAUGGAACACUACAAGGAGGCUCAGCUGUGGAAUGACAUCUUCUGCGUUGCUCAGGACUGCCUCGAAAUCCCUAGAGGAACCAUCAAGGCCACCGUUUUGAUUGAAACCCUGCCUAUUUCGUACCAACUGGAUGAGGUUCUGUACGCCCUCAGAGACCACUCUGCUGGAUUGAACUGUGGAAGAUGGGAUUACAUGUUCUCCACCAUCAAAAGACUGAGGAAUCAAAAACAACAUAUUCUGCCUGAUAGGCACCAGGUCACCAUGACAGUUCCUUUCAUGACCAACUACGUCAAACAGCUCAUCAAGAUCUGCCACAAGAGAGGCGUCCACGCCAUGGGAGGUAUGGCUGCCACCAUUCCUAUCAAGGACGAUCCAGAGAGAAACGCAGCUGCCAUGGAGGCCGUGAGACAGGACAAGCUCAGAGAAGUCCUUGCAGGCCACGACGGAACCUGGAUUGCUCACCCGGGACUGCUCCCUACCGCCCUGUCCGUCUUCCAGGAACACAUGCCUACUCCUAACCAGGUCCACGUCCAAAAGAACGUCGAGAUUACAGAGGCUGAUCUCGUCGAUACCAACAUUCCUGGCGGCAAGAUCACCAUGAAAGGUGUGAGUGCCAACAUCUACAUCGGUCUCAACUACAUGGAGAGCUGGCUCAGAGGCCUUGGUUGCGUGCCUAUCAACAACUUGAUGGAAGAUGCUGCCACCGCAGAGGUUUCCAGAUUGCAAUUGUACUCCUGGUGUAAACACGCAGUCAAGAUGGACGAUACCGGCAAGACGAUCACUCCAGAAUUCAUCAGCAAGCUGAUUGACGAAGAGGCAGAGAGAUGCGCUGCCAACAAGCCAAACAACAAGUUCAAGAUCGCUGCAGACUGCCUCAAAAAGGAAAUUAAUGGCCACACCGAGGUGGCCGAGUUCCUGACCACCUUACUUUACGAUGACAUUGUCACCAUCGGACCAGAAGUUGAUAUCUCUUCUCUGAAAUGA